AAAAAACAAUUACAGCCACGACUUCAAAAAUAAAUGUAUGCAAAAUUAUAAUCAUAUAUAGUACACAUACGGUUCAUCAUAUCAUAAUACUCACUACUCCGGUGAACGCGAUUUGGAUACGUUAUAUGUAGACUAUUCGGUGCCGAAUUUAAUGAUUUUUCUAUAUUACUGUCUUGUAAAAAGCUUAGCCAGUACAAGGCUGUACAGACCCGAGCCCAACACGCCUUGCACUACACAGCCGCGGUGUACGGAGUCUGGAUGCUGGCUGCUUUUAUUAAUAGUAUCGAGCUGCCGCGCGAUGAAACCACGCAUGUGUUGCUCUGCGCUGCGCUAGUGAUCAGCCGUUCCUGGAUCAGCCUUCUGGAUCAGCCUCCUGGAGCCCAGAAUGAAUCUGCACUCAGACUGAAACCUCACUGCGCGCUCCGGCAGGACCACUGCUGUUCCCGAGCGUGUAGAUCUGUGGUUUCUAUAAGCUUGCCGUUAUAGCCCGGGACGGAUAUAACGGAUUUCUGUGGCGGGUCGAGAUUCUGGGAGCCGAUACCAGUACCGUGUUCCGUGUGCGUAAUGUGUCAUAGCAAAGAAAGGCAGUAAAUAAACGGGACACGUCCAUCUGCAAUAACGAGCGAAGAAGACGCGAUCAUGGCUCCUCCACAUCCACCCUGUGCGUGCUCGACUGCCAUGCCUGCACCUGCGCUCACUUUCAACCUCCUUCUCUGGACGUUUUUAAUCGCCGAUCUUCCGUCAAGUUCUGUCCAAACAGAAAACGAUGAUGAUGAAGUGACUAACAAGACAUGGGUGCUGACACGGUCAGCGAAGGUGCAUGAGAGUGAUGUCACUCACAUUUUGAACAGUCUACUAGAUGGCUAUGACAACAAGUUACGACCAGACAUAGGAGUCAAGCCGACGGUGAUACACACGGACAUGUUUGUUAACAGUAUUGGCCCAGUAAACGCAAUCAACAUGGAAUACACCAUCGACAUCUUCUUUGCUCAGACGUGGUACGACAGACGUCUGAAGUUCAACAGUACCAUGAAGGUCCUGCGUCUCAACAGCAACAUGGUGGGCAAGAUCUGGAUCCCUGACACCUUCUUUCGUAACUCCAAGAAGGCUGACGCCCACUGGAUCACCACGCCCAAUCGCAUGCUCCGCAUCUGGAAUGAUGGGCGGAUACUGUAUACUCUGAGGUUGACCAUCGAUGCUGAGUGCCAACUCAAACUGAAUAACUUUCCCAUGGAUGAACACUCAUGUCCCCUGGAGUUCUCCAGCUAUGGCUACCCUAAGGAGGAGAUCAUUUACAAGUGGAAGAGGAGUUCUGUUGAGGUUGGUGACAUCCGCUCAUGGAGGUUGUACCAGUUCUCCUUUGUGGGCCUGAGGAACACUUCAGAGAUCGUCCGAACUGUGUCAGGUGACUACGUCGUUCUGACAGUCUUCUUUGACCUGAGUCGGAGGAUGGGAUACUUCACCAUCCAGACGUACAUCCCCUGCACCCUGAUCGUCGUGCUCUCAUGGGUCUCCUUCUGGAUCAACAAAGAUGCUGUGCCCGCUCGCACGUCCCUGGGAAUCACAACUGUCCUAACUAUGACCACGCUAAGUACCAUAGCUCGGAAGUCCCUGCCAAAGGUGUCCUACGUCACGGCUAUGGAUCUGUUUGUGUCCGUCUGCUUCAUCUUCGUCUUCGCCGCUCUGAUCGAGUACGGAACGCUGCAUUACUUCGUGAGCAAUCGGAAGCCCAGCAAAAACAAAGACAAGAAGAAGAAGAACCCACUCCUCCGGCUCUUUUCAUCCAAGCAGACACCGACCGUGGACAUCCGGCCGCGCUCAGCCACUGCCAUCCAGAUGAACAACGCCACACACUUGCAGGAGCGCGACGAGGAGUACGGCUAUGAGUGUCUGGACGGCAAAGACUGCACCAGCUUCUUUUGCUGCUUUGAGGACUGUCGCUCAGGCGCCUGGCGUCGUGGCCGCCUGCACAUCCGCAUCGCUAAGAUCGACUCCUACGCACGCAUCUUCUUCCCGACUGCCUUCGGUCUCUUCAACCUGGUCUACUGGGUGUCAUAUCUGUACCUGUGAGAUGCCUGGGAAUGCCUCGCCCUCCCGGGAAUGCCUCGCUCGCCCUUGUCGUCCGCGUUCUGUAGUCCAGCACCAUUUCAAUUCAGAAGAUCUGAUCCACUGAGAGAGCAGAAGUUGUACUUUUUUUGGUAUCAUUCUCUUCUUCUGAAUUUCUGAAUUUUUUUUUUUCUAAUGAAUGUGUGUUGUGUACAAAGCAAAACUUGUAGCAAAAUAAGUUGAAGAAACAAAAGAAAGGACCUGAAGUUUCUAGCACAUCGAGGGUUCUCUGCUAUGUUCUGUUGGUAAGAGUUUGGGGCCAUGUUCUCGAUGACAUGGCCUGAUGGGAGUAAGGGGGGCGGGUAGCACCGCACAGAGCUAUGAAAACAACUUUGGACAAGCACAUCCAAACAAGUACAUGUUGUUAUUUACAAACCAGUCACCAUUUUUAAAGGCUCUGUAAGUGGUGUCUGAGUUUACAUUGUUUAUUAGUUAACAAACCUGUCCUGAUGUCACUGUCAUUUUAAAGCUACACAAAAAGUCAGCUGUGACACUUUAAGUAUUUGAGGUUUUAGAGUACGUGUUAACCCUCUUCUGUUGUCACAGCUGGUCAAAUCUAUGGUCGUCUGUACAGAGACUGUAAAUACUUUAAUACUGUACACUGUAGUAUUUAAAUAUAAUGCAUGCACCUUUUCAGGCCAAAAAUGAACAAAUAUUUAAAAGUCUUCUGUUGAUGGUUAUGGGUAAAGUACAAACAACAACCACAAGUUAAAUGCUGUUUUUAAAAAUGAAAAGAACAAACAGAAAACUAUUUAUUCUUUGUCUCGAGAACUAAGCUUUCACCAGUGACUCAGUUAACAGUAUUCACAAGAACUGCUGUUCCAUAAAAGCAUACAUAUUUGAACAAACUUAUCAAGACGUUUUUUUUCCAGCUCUUGACUGAUGUCAACAUUUCUCCAUUUCUGUUGUUGUAUAUAGGCUACGCUUCCUGGUCUAAAAUAUUCUGCACUUUGGUAUCUGAAGUGAAUUUUGAGUGUAUAUGCAUUAUUUCCUUUACCACAACACAGUCUUUUUCCCUUUUUCUCUGUUUGAGACAUUUGUCCCACAGCACAAAUGUGAGGAUGUGAGGAUAAAUUGAUUCUGUGUGGGACAUUUCAGCUCAGUGUAGUUUGCCGUGGAGGACAUUAGUAGCAUGACGUAGAGGAUGCGGAGGCGGGUGUGGCUACACAUCCACUACAUCUAAACCUCUGUACAUUUCCCCAAAAGGCUGCAGGUUAUUUCUUUAGUUCAUCAUUUAUAUGAAUAUCAGUUUUGCACUAAAUUGUUAUUUUGUUGAUUAUUACCAGUCCAGGUAACAUGUGGAAUAUCAGCCUGGUUGUAAAAAAAAGAAAAACUUGCAAUAUACCUGUCACUUCAAUAGAGGCUGUUAUCCAGGACACACCUCACACCUGUCACUUCAAUAGAGGCUGUUAUCCAGGACACACCUCACACCUGUCACUUCAAUAGAGGCUGUUAUCCAGGACACACCUCACACCUGUCACUUCAAUAGAGGCUGUUAUCCAGGACACACCUCACACCUGUCACUUCAAUAGAGGCUGUUAUCCAGGACACACCUCACACCUGUCACUUCAAUAGAGGCUGUUAUCCAGGACACACCUCACACCUGUCACUUCAAUAGAGGCUGUUAUCCAGGACACACCUCACACCUGUCACUUCAAUAGAGGCUGUUAUCCAGGACACACCUCACACCUGUCACUUCAAUAGAGGCUGUUAUCCAGGACACACCUCACACCUGUCACUUCAAUAGAGGCUGUUAUCCAGGACACACCUCACACCUGUCACUUCAAUAGAGGCUGUUAUCCAGGACACACCUCACACCUGUCACUUCAAUAGAGGCUGUUAUCCAGGACACACCUCACACCUGUCACUUCAAUAGAGGCUGUUAUCCAGGACACACCUCACACCUGUCUCUUCAGAUCGAGGCUAUUAUCCAGGACACACCUCACACCUGUCACUUCAAUAGAGGCUGUGAUCCAGGACACACCUCACACCUGUCACUUCAAUAGAGGCUGUUAUCCAGGACACACCUCACACCUGUCACUUCAAUAGAGGCUGUUAUCCAGGACACACCUCACACCUGUCUCUUCAGAUCGAGGCUAUUAUCCAGGACACACCUCACACCUGUCACUUCAAUAGAGGCUGUGAUCCAGGACACACCUCACACCUGUCUCUUCAGAUCGAGGCUAUUAUCCAGGACACACCUCACACCUGUCUCUUCAGAUCGAGGCUAUUAUCCAGGACACACCUCACACAUGUCCCUUCAGAUAGAGGCUAUUAUCCUUGAAACACCUCAUACCUGCAUCAGUGUGUGUUUAACUGCUGUAUCAGUAACAUGCAUCAGUGUGUGUUUAACUGCUGUAUCAGUAACAUGCAUCAGUGUGUGUUUAACUGCUGUAUCUGACCUUUGGCAAGUGCCAGCGUGUGUGUGCUGAUGUGUAAACGCGGCAAGUGUAUUUACCACUGUGCAGAACAUCCAGUUCCAACAUCACACACACCAACUACACCACUAUCACUUAGCUGCAAAAAAAUACACUCCUCACAUUCCCCUCUCCCUGUGACCUCAUCACCUGAUAUCAGGCUUCUGAUGUUGGAUCAGUAACUCACAUGGGGGUAUUUUCACAGGGAAGGUUUUCAACCCAUUAAAAAGUUCUUAGCAUUUUGGGGAGAUGGUGGAUUUGGUGUGUGUUUGCGUGUGUGUAGACACUGUAGAACAGGGAGGCGCUUUGCUCUUCUGAAUGUCUUACGUGUUGGAGUAUCCCAACCCUGUCCAGUUUGCUCAGUGCUUCAGUCGUCUGUUUGCUUUGACAGACAUUUCUAGAUGAUCCCUUUGACAUUCACAGUUCAUCUUUAAAACACAGGCUGCAACAGAAUUGGCGAAAUUUGCACUGAGUUGUUUUGCUUUAUUUUUUCCUUUGAAAGGCAGUGGGACUGAUGUGAGUUGUCUGAUUAUAAUUCCCCCUUCCUGUUAGUAGAGCUGUGCUUCUGUCUGAUUAUAAUUCAGAUUAAAUCGAUGCUGCAUGCAUCAGAUGGGGCACGUCCACUCUCUGUAAAUAUUGGUUUCACAGUGUGUGGAUGACCACAUUUAAGUGCCAGGAUAUACAGUAUCUUAAUGAACAACUACUUCAUACCAUUUUGUGUCAUGGAGCUACUAUAUGUACUGAUGUAUUUAUUCAUUGUUUGUUUAUUUAUUUAUUUUUAAGAUUGUAGAAAAUAUGUAUAUGCUCUCAGGUUUCAUGGAAACCAGUUUGAAUCAUUGAAUACUUUGUGUGGUUAUGACAGUGUUCUGUUUGUAUUCAGCCAUUCCACCUUAAUUUGAUGUAGAUACCAAAAUGAUUUAUAAGUUAUAAUAGACGAUGUACAAAGGGCAGACAGGGUCAUGACCCAAGACAGAUGCCCAGUGCCACUGGGAGCACCACGUCUGUUACAUGGGACACAUACAUCAUGGCACACAAAGUUCAGACCUGAGAACCCUGAAGAAAGGGAACUUCUGGAUAUAUCAGAUUAUUAAAUAUAUUGAUCAGUCAAGGAAUUGACCAGUGAUUAAUGAUGGCUAAUAUAGCCAGUAGCAUGGUUUAGGUUAAAAAUAAACCAUGGCAUUAACUUUAAUUCAGUGUUCGUCAUUCCUGCAAUAACAAUGUAGAAAUGACUCUUACAGCCCCUAGGGUGAUCUGAGGUUUCAUUUGGACAUCUUCACGAUGGGCAGGUUUAGUGGUUGUUCGAUAUGUUGUUAGCAGCAAAUUAUUUAUGAUUUGAUUGGGGACGGUGAUCUGUCACAAAACUGGUUAUAUGAGGGACUCUGGUUAUAUGAAGGAACAAACUUCACAUCUGCUAGCUCUGAUAGCUGAUCUCUGACAGCUCUGUGGGAUGCUGAGGUCCAGGUCAACGUUGAGGUUAAUGUUGUCUUUUUUUUUGUAUCGCUGUGAACACAUAUGUGCAUCACUUAAACAAUCACCUGUUUCAUACUCCUCAACACAGGCACUGAGACCUGAGCUGCGCACGCAGGAAAUAAAACCACACACUCCAGACCUGCAUGUGCAGCAGGGCGUCUGUUUAGGGCGCGAGGACUACACGGCCGCUCAAACAGCUGGAGUGGAAAUGCUCUGGACACCGACCCCUCGUCCACCUGCCCUCGCCUUGACUGUACAAACAGGUCCAACCCAAGUUAUGAAAAAAGAAAUCAAGACCAAGUGUUUUUUAUUUUGGAAAAUAACAGACGUUGUGAAGAAAAAAAUGUAAAUAAUAUAUAUUGUUAUAUAUAUUGUUUUAUUGUCAAACUGGGAAGACAUUAUUUACCAUUUAUGACAGUAUCUGACAGGCUCUAAAACAAACAAUUCAAUUGAUUUGUUAGUUGUUUGCCAUCUCUCUCUAUAUCCAUAUAUUUAUUGAGUAGUGUACAGGACAAACACCGAUGGUUUGUUGUUAGGGUCUGCAUUAUAUACUUGGAUGUACUGAUAAUCACUUUCUGAAGGGAAAGGAACAGAGGUGUGAAAUUUUUUUCAAUAAAAAGAAUGAACUUA